AUGUUAAAAUCAAGUCGUUCUUUAUCAUCAAGAAAAAAUGAUAAAUUAGUAAAAAAACGAAACAAAUCAGUAUAAGAAUAGGGUAGUUAUGGAAAGUUUUUAGAAUUCCUAUAAUCUUAAGCAGGACAAUCUUAUAACCAAUUUUUAUAUAUGCAAGAAUUCUUUAACACAAAUUUAUCAUAGUUUCCUACUGAUGAAGAAAUAUCUUAAAUAUAACAUAAUCUACAUGUUAGUAGUGGAGUGUUAUCAUAAAAGAAGAAAAAUUGGACAAUAGAAGAAAAGAAAGUUUUGAUUUGGUUAGUGGGUAAAUUGAGUUAAGUUUAAGAUUUGGAUAUAAGAGAAUUACCUGAUGAAUUUUGGAAUGAUGUUUCUGAAAUGAUUUAUAGGAGAGAUCCUAUAUAAUGUAAAUAGAAAUGGUCAUAAUUAUAAAAGACUGAUUUAUAAUCAAAGCCAUUUACUUAAGAUGAAGAUCAAGCAUUACUUAAUAUUAUUAAUAAAUAUUAGGAAUGUGAAUAAGGAUAGAAAUGGAGUCUUAUUGCAAAUGAAUUAAAUUUACAUAGUAGAAAUUAUAGAUCAAGUAAAUAAUGUAGAGAAAGAUGGUUAAAUCAUUUAAAUCCAAAAAUUAGAAAGUAUUAAAUUUAAUUAAUAAAAUUAGAGAUCCUUGGAAAGAUGAUGAAGAUUUUUUAUUACUCAAUUAUGUUAUAGAACAUGGUAGAAAAUGGGCAGAUAUUUCAAAAUUAUUUAAUGGAACUAGAAGUGAAAAUAAUGUUAAAAAUAGAUUCAAUAGUUUAAUAAAAAGAGAAAAGGAUUUAACAUUAAAGUAAUAAAUAUCAAAUUUAUAUUUUAGUUUACAAAAUGGAUAAAUUGUAACUAUAGAAUUUAUGUUAGGAAAUCUAACAGGAUAAUAUUUAAAUAAUGAAUAGAUUUAAGCUAUUGAAGUACUCAAAAAUAAAAUUAUUUGGAGACAAAGAUAAUUAAAAAAUAAUUAAAUUAUAUAAACAGAAUUUCUAAGAAGUUCAAUAAUUGAAGAUGUAGAAAAAAAUGAAAGAAUAUUAAUGAAACGAUCUACUGUUGUCAAAUAUGUUGUUGGACAUCUUAAUGAUGAUCAAAUAUCUACUGAAGAAUUGACACCUUGUUUAGUAAAUAUAGAAAAGAAUAUGAUUUACUUUUGUUCUAAAGAAUAAAUACUUUAAAUUAUCAAUAGAUAAAUUAAUUAAAUCAAAGAUAAUUUAGAAUAUCUUUAAAAAGAAGUUAGAAUAUUUGAUUCUGGAUUAAUUAAUUAAAAAACAUAAUUAAGCAUAAUUAGUGAAAUUAAUGAUUCUAAAUUUAGUUCAUUCAUUUGCGGAGUCGAAGAGAAUUAAAGUUUAUACGAAAAACCAAUUUUUAUUAAUUAACAUUCUAACCUUGAUAAUUACCUCAAUUUACAAUCUAAACAUUCAUCUCAAUUAUUACAAGAACAACCUGAAGGCACUAAAUUUCUAUACUUAAAUCCAAUAGAAAUUAUACAUUACAAUGCCUUUCAAAGUAUUAACAAGGCAUACAAAUCAGAAAAUCUAAUAAAUAAGACUUCUUAUAGUGUUAAAAAUAUUCCAAAAUCAUCACCAAAUGUUAUUGCCAUUUAAACAUCAUGA